GGAACCGUAGCAGCGGGCACUACAGCCCCCGAAAGCUGCGCGCGCGGACGCCGAGCGGCAUGGCGGGGCUGGAGCUGCUGUCGGACCAAGGCUACCGGGUGGACGGGCGGCGCGCCGGGGAGCUGCGCAAGAUUCAGGCGCGGAUGGGCGUCUUUGCACAGGCCGACGGCUCGGCCUACAUCGAGCAGGGCAACACCAAGGCGCUGGCGGUGGUGUACGGCCCCCACGAGAUCCGGGGUUCUCGUUCUCGAGCCUUGCCUGAUAGGGCCCUGGUGAACUGUCAGUACAGUUCUGCGACCUUCAGCACAGGAGAGCGUAAGCGGCGACCUCAUGGGGACCGAAAGUCCUGCGAGAUGGGUCUACAGCUGCGCCAGACCUUUGAGGCAGCCAUUCUUACCCAGCUGCACCCACGUUCCCAGAUUGACAUCUAUGUGCAGGUUCUCCAGGCAGAUGGCGGGACCUAUGCAGCAUGCGUGAAUGCAGCCACACUGGCUGUACUGGACGCUGGGAUACCUAUGCGGGACUUCGUGUGUGCCUGCUCCGCUGGCUUUGUGGAUGGCACAGCCUUGGCCGACCUCAGCCACGUGGAAGAAGCAGCUGGCGGUCCCCAGCUGGCUCUGGCGUUGUUGCCAGCCUCCGGCCAGAUUGCGCUGCUAGAAAUGGAUGCUAGGCUGCAUGAGGACCACCUGGAGCAGGUGCUAGAGGCUGCUGCUCAGGCUGCCCGGGAUGUGCAUGCCUUGCUGGACCAGGUGGUCCGACAGCACGUACGUGAAGCCUCUCUCUUGCUGGGGGACUGAGCCUCUGUUCACUCAAGGCCACAAUAAAGCCACCCAUAAAGCCCCUCACACAUGAA